GAAGCAACGAAGCAACGAAGCAACGAAGCAACGAAGCAACGAGCAAGAACAGGCAAGCAGAACAACCAUGGGUGGCACAACAGGCGCGACAGACGCAACAGAUGCUGGAGGCGGCAGCUCCUCCACCACGACGGGCAACGGCAGCCACGAUCACAGCAGCUACGCCGAAGACCACCACCACCACCAUCAUCAUCAUCAUGCGCACCACAUCACCGCGCGAUCCGAUUGCGAGUUGGAGCAGCCCGCCCUGCCCGAUGACGUGGUUGUCGGUCGACAUGUGCUGAAGGAAACAGGGAAGCAGGGCGAUGAGGCAGCAGCGGUGGCACACGGCACCAAAGAUGGCGAGGGCGAGAAGCUGGACGCUGAGACCAUGGCGAAGGUUGCACGGGUCCGCCAAGCCGUCAUUGGUUCCCAAACAUCGCUUUCAGGCCCUUUUGGCAGCAAGCCCAUCGUCUAUGCAGACUACACGGCGAGUGGGCGGGCCGUGUCGUUCAUCGAGGACUUUAUUCGCACCGUGGUGCUGCCGACGUACGCAAACACGCACACGGAAGCAUCCGCCACGGGCCUGCAGACAACGGAGUUCCGUGAGGAGGCGCGCGACAUUGUGCGCCAGGCGUGCGGGGGCAUCCGCGGCGAGCACGUGGUGCUGUUCACGGGGUCCGGGUCCACCGCCGCCAUUGCUGAGAUGAUUGGCGUGCUGGAGAUGGCCGUCCCGCACGACGUGCUCGAGAAAUACGGCCUCUCGCAGUCCAUUCCAGACAAGAAGUGGCCCGUGGUGUUCAUUGGGCCGUACGAGCACCACAGCAACGAGGUGAGCUGGCGCGAAACGCUGGCCACCGUCAUCACCAUCCCCGCCCGCGCCGAUGGCCGCAUCGACAUUGGCGUGCUGGAGACCAUGCUCAAGCGCUACAAGAACAGGCCGCUCAAGAUUGGCAGCUUCUCUGCCGGCUCCAACGUCACGGGCGUGCUGACGGAUGUGCCCGCGCUUGCCAUGGCCCUGCACCGCCACGGCGCCCUUGCCUUCUUCGACUACGCGGCAGCUGCACCGUACGUCGACAUUGACAUGCAGCUGAGUCGCUAUCCCGACAAGGACGCGUACCUUGAUGCCGUCUUCAUCUCCCCGCACAAGUUUGUCGGUGGGCCGGGCACGCCUGGCGUGCUGGUGGCGCGCAGCGAACUGUUUCACAACGCAUCGCCAGUCCACCCCGGCGGUGGCACGGUGGAGUUUGUGUCGCCCACGCGCCACAAGUACAAGGCGGACAUUGAGACGCGCGAGGAGGGCGGCACACCAGACAUUGUCGGCUCCAUCCGCUGCGGGCUCGUCUUCAAGCUGAAGAUGGACAUUGGCGUGCACAACAUCCACGCCCUGGAGAUGAACUCCCUUCGCGCCGCCCUCAACGUUUGGUGCAAGAACAAGAACAUUCUUCUCCUGGGUCGCCAGCAGCUGCCCAAGUUGACCAUCACCAGCUUUGUCAUUCGCGUAGGCGACAAGUUCCUGCACCACAACUUUGUCGUGGCCUUGCUCAACGACCUCUUUGGCAUCCAAUCCCGUGGAGGGUGCUCAUGUGCGGGUCCGUAUGGGCACCGCCUGCUCCACGUAACGCAGCACGAAUCAGAGGCGUUUGCAAAGGAGGUGGCCAAGGGCUACGAGGGCAUCAAGCCAGGAUGGACGCGGCUGAACUUCCCCUACUUUUUGGACGCGGAUGCGCGAAGCUACAUUAUUGAUGCAGUGACGAUGAUUGCUGAUCACGGGUGGAAACUGCUUCCGGAGUACGUGUUCAACGCCAAGACGGGGCUGUGGCAGCACAGGCGCGUAGUUGAGUCGCCACCGCCCGUUGUGCGACUCAGGGAUCUGCAGUUGACGAAGCACAAGGACAGUGCCAGGCGCGCAAGCAACCACAACGCAACAACAGCGGAUGUUGUGCUGCCAUCCAAGGACACCUACACGCAACUGGACAGGGCCGCUUACCGCCGCCUGCUGGACGAGGCGUGGGCGGCCAUUGAGGAGGCCCGCGCACGGGACCGCCGCGCCAAUCCCCCGCAGAAGGUCGUGCUGAGCAGAAGCAUGCAGAAGCUGCGCUGGUGA